GGGCAGUUCCGUCUUGCUCCCUCAUCAGCACCGCCCGCGGCUGUCCGUCAUGCGGGAGAGGCGAGCUGAGCUGGCCGUCCGCCGUGGCCUUCCGCGCCGCGGCCGUCCGCAGGGCAGCCAGCACAAGGCGGCAGCCGCGCCGCCACUUCCCUCCUUCCCUCCUUCCCUCCCCCAUCUCCCACUCUUCUCUUCCUCUCUCUCCUCUCUCCGGCCGGAAACACACCCACACACACACACACCACACACACACACACGCACACACGCACACACACGCUCUCUUCCCAGACUCCAGCCCACGCCGCCAUGCCCCGCGCUGCUGCUCCCAACACCCACGGCGCCGAACGCCGCGCUGCUCCCUACGUGCGCCGCCCGGCGCAGCCAUUCUUCUUUGCGAUGCCGAGAGCCCACAUUGCCGGCAACAACAUCCAUCAUCAAGCCGCGGCUGCAGCGCAGCCUGAGGGCGGCCACAUGCUGGCAGACGUCGGCAUUGCGCUGCAGAAACUCAGGACGGGAGCUGCGGCUCAGGAUGCGGUCAUUGGCGCGUACGGCAACGCCGUGGACAAGGAGGGCCACGAGCGGCUGGCGCGCAUGGUCAACGCCGUCGUGGUGAGCCACGAGCAGAUGGUGCACGAGACGCUCGCCCAGAAGCGCACCAUCGAGAACCUCGAGACGAGCCUCGCCAGCGCUCGCCGCAAGAUUACGCGCAUGGAGAAGCGCGAGGAGAAGCGCCUGGAGGAGCUCGAGGAGGAGGAGCCCGAGGAGGAGCAGGCGCCUGCCGCCGCGGCGCCUGCGCGCGCAUCGUGGCGCAACAUCCUCUGGUAGAGUCCUCCCGAACGUCCCACGUCUUCUCGCCAUCCUUCCCUCGCCCACGCCCACGCCCACGCCCACGCACGCCAUCCGACGCCAGCUCACGCUAUAAGUAGCGGCGAUCCACAUUCUUUGCCUAGCCACUUACACAUCUUCCUUCAAGCUCGACGGCCACGCCCACGUCCCGCCCCAUAGCCGCGCUACUCAACUAUCUCUGUAUCCGUGCACAGCACUCAAUGAACUCAUACAUU